UCGAGUUUUAGUAACCACUAAGAAAACUUUAAGAUGACCUUGUUGGUAGGAAUAGAUAAACAAAGAAUCUUGAAGCCUUAUUUGGGCGGAUGGCGACAUAAAAUUACCGGAGUAACAUAUUUAAAUGCGGCUUCUCAAACUGGACCUUUGUCAAAACGAGGUCCGCGGAAGAACACAUGCAGCAGAGCGGUGCAAUGUGUGCAAACGAAUGACGGAGCGACACAAACACUGCAUCAUCGUGCGACACAAAUGUGGCGAUAUGACUAUUAUGUACCUAACAAAGCAGAUAAAUACAUGACUACUGUAAAGUCUUAUGAGAGUUACGUUGAUAUGCAGCUUAAUUUAGAUCGGCAUGCAUGUGUAAUUCAAAGAAAUUAUCGGGCAUAUAAAUGGAGAAAAUACAUUAAAGAAUGCGCACGAGCUUAUCGCGAGAUGCUUGAGAAAUGUGAAAAAUAUGAAGAAGAGAAAGCCGUUGCAAACAAAUUGCGACAUAAACAGAAUAUUCUUCGUCAAAUAUAUCCGCGAUCCAGAGCGGACUUUGACAUGCUUUAUGGUCUGGUCGAAGAAUGGAGAAUUGAUCGUUUAAAGGACAUAAAAUCGCGGUUGUUCAAGGCAGGCCAGCGUGCUGAGAAUUAUAGGAUUUUAGAGAAAAUGGUCGAGAUGCUUAAUCAAAUCGAUAAACAUAAACAAGCGAUCAAGAAAUCGUACCGGAAACAAAGAGUUCUCAGAUUUUUAACAGUGAAUUGCAAGCCUAUACGAUGGAGUGGUUACAAGGGCAAACUCGUAGAGAUGGUUACUAUAAAAACUCAAAAUGCUCGAAAAUUAAAAAACAUUUAUGAUGCAAUAAACAAUCGCGACAUUAGUUCAAAAGAACGAAUAAAAUUGUUGAUAGCACUGAAAAAGUCGGUUGAACCGCAUAAUUGUAUUGAGGCAUUGGAUUUAUUAUCUUUGUUGGAUCAAGAAAUUACAUUGUUAAAUCGAAAGAUCGAGGGUUUAACACUCGAUUAUCUGAAUGAAAGAAUAACACAUACUUAUUUGAAUUUUGUAAGAAUAUUCGGUAUUUGUGGUUGUGAAUGUGUUACUACUGAAUCUAAAGAUAACGAAUUGCGAGAGCCUUUAGAAACAGAAACCAAACUUUGUCGAAGUUGUUUAAAGCUUCUUCCCAUCCGUAAAUUUUUAGCACAUACUAGAAUGAAGAAGUUAACAAUUUGCAGCAGCUGCAGUUCCCUAAGUAGACGUAAUAUUGCGUAUGUGAAUUAUGAUCCUUACAUGUUUAUAUUAAAUUGUGUACGUGCUGAGGAAGAACAUCGAGGCAGUACUUCCGCUUUGGCAUUUAUAAUGCAAGAGCAGGAUAUUUAUCACUUAGUUAACCACAUUUGGCAAGGUCAAUCGGCAAUCAGUAAGACUAGAGAUCUUUUUAUUCUAAGAAUGGUAAGAUAUCAAAAAGAUGUUGAAUGGGCGCCUUGGAAUUGUAUUCUAUUGACAAAGGACGAAGCCGACUUACAUUAUAACAUUAGUGAUCUCGCUACGAUAUAUUCGGAGCAUUUGAUAAGCCAAAUUAAUUUGAAACAUCAGAUUGCACAAAAUUUUUUUAAGUACGUAUAA